AUGACGAAUUUUGCCUAUAUCAAGAAAGAAGAAGUAAAAGAGAAUUUUGAUGUAAAACAUGGAAUAAAAUCAGAAUGUAAAGUUGAUUUGAAAAAAUUGAAGAUCGAAGUAAAGACUGAAGAUUGCAAAGAAGAUGUUCAUCUCCCAGAUGAUAAUGAACAUGUAAUGCCAUCUGGAAAUCGAGUGAACUCAUCUGUAAGAAAUGGUAAAAAAUCUAAUAUCAAGAGGAAAAACGACAUUUGUGGUAAGUGCGUUGAAUAUGGUAAAAGCUGUUUAGAGAAACAGAAGAGAAUACACAAAGUUUACGCCUGCAAAAUAUGUGGAAAAGAAUUUAAGUGGAAAUCCCUAUUAUUAAGUCAUGGAGCACAACAUAAUGAAGAACCUCCUUUCAAAUGCGAUAUUUGUUAUAAGUGUUUUAAACAGAAAGGUCAACUAAAAAGCCAUCAAGAAACUCAUAGUGAAGAACGUCCUUUCAACUGCGAUAUUUGUAAUAAGGGAUUUAAACGGAAACGUGAUUUAAAAAGGCAUCAAAAUAUUCAUAGUGAAGAACGUCCUUUCAAAUGCAAUAUUUGUAAUAAAGGUUAUAAAUGGAAAAUAAAUCUACAAAACCAUCAAAAUACUCAUAAACGUCCUUUCAAAUGCGAUAUUUGUAAUAAGGGUUUUAAAUGGAAAAUACAUCUACAAAACCAUCAAAAUAUUCAUAGUGAAGAACGUCCUUUCAAAUGCAAUAUUUGUAAUAAAG